UAUUAAAUUAUAAACAUAUUUGCAAUAAAAAUGAAAACUGUUAAUUAAUUAAUAAUACAAUGUUUAACACAAAUAAGCUAAUUAAUUAUCAGAAUGUUUUAUCACUGCCCAUGGUGAUAACAAUAAUAAUUGGGCUAAUAGUUUAUUACAUAAUACAUUUCUACGCCAAUCUACGCCACUAUCCGCCCGGUCCUACGCCUCUGCCAUUCAUUGGCAACAUAUUACUGUUUCGCAAUAUUAAACGACACUUGAAUGAGGACUUGAGACAGUUGUACGAUAUAUACGGUCCGGUAGUGACGGUAUGGGUCGGUCCCAAACCCGUUGUGAUCGUCGGUGACCCGCAUGUCGUCAAACAAGCAUUUUCUCGGCCAGAAUUCAUGGGCCGAAUGGACAACAUGUUGUCGAGUAUUUUAUGCGAUAGCGAACACAGAGAUCUCCUACUCAACUCACACAUAUCCAGUUGGGAAAGUUUGCGUAAGGUUGCUCACAUAGCAGUCAGACUAGAUCUAGAAUAUUUCACCAAGUUCAAAUAUUAUGCCACUGGUUUUUUAAAUGAUAUGGACAACACAUUUAUUCUGUGCGAAUAUAUACCCGUUUGUCGUCUCUUUAUGUCCGACCCGUUGGCAAAAUUUCGCACAACUUAUAAUCAAUGCUUUGAUUAUACGCUAAACGUAUUGAAAACACACAAAAACACUUACGAUGAGAGCGUUUGCCGAGACUUUUGCGAUGUGUAUAUCGGCGCUAAACGUAAGGCAGAGGUCGAGUGCCUGCCGGGAGUCCAGUGGUUGACCAAUAAUAAUAUUGCCGCAUCUCUUAUGGACGUGGCAGUAGCUGGCACUGAAACCACAUACACAACAAUUCAAUGGAUGGUAUUAUUUGUGGCCUACUUUGAAAACUGGCACCAAAAGCUGAUGGUAGAGAUCGAUGAGGUGUUGGGCCAUAGAGUGGCCACAAUGGCUGACAGACCGCGAAUGCAUUGCGUGAACGCGUUUAUCGCAGAGACCCUACGCUAUCGCACCGCCGCUCCACUCGGGUAUCCGCGCGUCACUCUAUCCGACACAACAAUAAGUACUUAA